UGUGUAUUUGCUAUUUUUGUUCUAUUUUUUUUUUAUUAUUAUGUUGUGAUAUUGGUAUUAAUUUCCAUGUUAUUUGCAGCCUUUUUGUUGUGCAUGUGAUACCUGGGGACCUAAAACCAAGAACUGCAGUGUUUAUGCAUUACCCCCCCUUCACAAUCAAGCAGUACUUCAAGUGCUUAUGCCAUCCAUUUUGGUUGUUUACAUUGGCUGCUAUUUGCAUAUUACCGCUACUACGGUUGCCAUUGUUUAAGACGAGCACCACUACCAUUAUUACUACUACUACUACAACUACUACUACUGUUACUAUUACUACGGUGUUCUGGGACGCGCAACUGAGAUGGCCGAAGCAGCUGACAGGUAUAGAAGCGCUCAUUUGUAUCGCGGCAAAGCACUGAAGUUUCCCCAGCCUAAACCUUUCAGCCAGACUAGAGAUAAGGGAACUAUUGAUGAAAUUGUUUGUCAUGCUUGUGGUAAAAACGGACAUAUCAAACCAAACUGCCCCGAUAAUCCCAGGAAUUUCAGAGGUGUGAAGAUCCCGAACCAAUCCUGUCCUGAUGACCCAAGCCCUGCUACUACUGAUGUGGCUACCUUAACAUCCUGCGCUAGUCCUGACCUCUGUGAACCCCCUGAAGAACCUGACCUCUGUGACCUACCCAAUCUACCUUCUUCCUGUGACCAAACCGAUUUCCCUGACAAGCCUACAUUUCCUUUCUCCACUGAAAGUACGCAGCCUUUUUGUUGUGCAUGUGAUACCUGGGGACCUAAAACCAAGAACUGCAGUGUUUAUGCAUUACCCCCCCUUCACAAUCAAGCAGUACUUCAAGUGCUUAUGCCAUCCAUGUGAUUGUUAUUAACCAAACCAAUAUUCUUUUGUUUUAUGUAUGGUUAUGGGUUGUUGAAUAUAUAUAUCUCGAAUAAAAUGAAUAUAUCAAA